AGCAUUGUGAAAGGAUAAGAAGAAAUGAAGAACUAAUGCAUAAUGCUGAAAUUUAAGAAAUUUAAAAAUGCAGCUUAAAUUGUUACAAGUGCUGUUGCCAAAAAUAGAUAAUCUUAUUGGAAAGAAAAGUUUUGUUUACAGUGCCACAGAAGUUUCAAUAAAAUGUCGUACUGGAAAGAAGCAGACUGCAAGGAAGACCACGGCAAUCAAAAGUUAUUUCAGCUCCAAGAAGCAGCAGUUGAAAGAAAAUUUGAGAACGAAUAAGGAGAGAAUAGAAAUCUGUGAUCAUAUCGGAGAACGUGAAAAAGAGAUAAAUGAAAUGUUGAUAUUUUGUGUUAAAUGUAAAGAUAUCCAGCAGUUUAGCUUUGCAGAACUUCAGGAACACUGCCAACAAAAUCAUCCAGAAGACAGACCUGUAUUUGUCUGUAGCAGAUGUGGUUUCACAGUGGAUGAUGUGGAACAAAUGAAUGUGCAUGCAUUUUCACACACAAUGGACAAAGCAUUAAACACCGAACUUGCUGCCAAGAAAGAAGGUCUCGCCUUGAUUAGAGAAAUGGAACUGCAUAAAACCAGGCAUUUAAAGCCAGAUACCUUGUAUUGCAAUAAGUGCAGAUUUUCAACAAAAGAUCCACUUCUCUUUCAGAAACACAUUCUGAGACAUGAAGAAAUUCAGUACAAAUGUGGGCGUUGUGAUCGUGUCUGUUACACUAGGGGAGAAUUCCAGCGCCACUCUGUACAGCAUACUGGAACUUUUCCUUUUAAAUGUAGGUAUUGUGAUUAUGGUGCAGUCCGAAAGGAUUAUGUUGUGAAACAUACAAAAGGAGUACACAGAGAUAUCAUAAAAAAUGGUGGAUCUGCACUGGUUCUCCCAAUGAGGAAAAGCUGUAAGAAAAAGACUUCCUCCAAAGCUAAGAAUAUAUCCAAAGUGAAGCCAACAAUAACUGAACAAAAUGAGAAUUCUACUAAUGUUAGGCUACAUGAUAAGGUGGUAAAUUCAUUAGCUUUAAUUACUAAUUCUGUUACCACAUCAUGUCAAAUGCAAGGUGAGUCUGUGGAAGAACAGCAAUAUCGAAGUAUAAACAGCGCCAGUGACAGUAAAAGUGUGGAUAACUUAUUUGUACAAAAUAUUAAACACUUGAAUUGUCCUUCCACGGAUGCGAGAAAGAAUCAGCUAAAGGUACUUGCUCCAUCUAAGCAUACUGUUCAGCCUGGUGCACCAUUAACACUGGUUGCUCCAGCACAGAUGGUUAUUCCCUCUAACUGUUUGGCUCAACUAACAGAAAUAAAAACUGUUAAUGGGAAACAACAGUUAGUAUUCAAACUAAUACCACAAAAUACAGUAGCUAGCACAUCAGGAAUAACUACACUUCCAGCACAAGAAAUGCAACAUGUGAAUUCAGAAAUGGCACCGCUGCAACAGAACAGCUUGUCACAUAACCCUACAACAAUACUGACAGAAAUCGUGGAUCGCAAUGAGUUACCCGCUGUAGAAUCAUUCAGUGAAGUUGAAGCUGAUAAUAAUGACAUAAAUACUAAACUGCUCUUUUCAAAUCCUCACUGUUCAUUUGGUGUAAAGCCUACAACUAGUACUUCUUCCAUAGUGGAGACUAAAAGCAAGGCUCAUCCAAACCAAGGUAAGGAUGUAGCUAAAGAACAAUUUCAGGGUAGUGAACGAACAGAAACUGACUUGACCUGUAGCUUUCAACAAGAUCCUCUUGCAACUCCAGAUGUUUUAGAUGAAAUGAUGCAUUAUCUUCAGCAAGAGGCUUUAAACAACAAAACCACUUUGAAAGAUUUUAAUGCAGAUACCGAAGAGUUACUGAAUCAAAUUGAUAAGAAAUUGUUAAUGUUUCCUGAAUAUAAGGAAAUGCAAAAGUGUACAAACUCCUUUUCACCUUGUAAAGUUGCUGUCAGUAAUGGUCAGGAAUGUGUUUUACAGGAUCGCUUUUAUGUUCCGAGAUUCAGGAAUGAAAAUAUGGAUGGCAUUGAAGAUGUCAUCUCUGCUGAAGCAAAUUUUGAGAAAUCAAUUUUGCAGCUGCCUAUGGCAGGCCCGGGGUUGGCUAAAAAAAAUAUACAUUUGUGUAAUUCUCAAGUUUUGAGAGACUCCAGCUGUAAAACUGCAAUUAAAUCAAUUGGAUCUUUGCCAAAUGAUAGCACUAAAGCCAAUACAGAGCAAUAUAUGAUGGAGAACUGCAAGUCGGUUGACAUUAGUCAGGUCUUACCAUGUCAGCUAUCCCCCACCUUGUCUGGCAAUCAUACAACAGUAGCUUCCAAAUCUGUUGAUCAUCGGAUUACAUCUAAAUGUUCUUCAUCUGUUAGACAAACCAAAAUUAUACCUGAAAGUAUGUUUCACACAGACUGUUUGAAGUGUAUUGAUACUGUUGAUAAGGACCUCAAUAAACCUGCAGCUUGUAAAGGUACAUUUGAAAGUCAUCUUAAGUACUGUACUGCGGUACAGAACCAAAGAAUAUCAUCUGGUCAAGAUCACGGUGAAAUACGUUAUAGUAACAAUUCAUACCGCAUGUUGGAAAAGUGUGAAAAUAGUAGAACAAAACCAGACUUGCGUCUUAGAUCAAAAGCUUUGAAGUCUAGAAAACUAAAUACAAAUGAUAAUAAGAUUAUGUCAGUAUGCGAGAGUGCAACUUUGUGUGAAAACCCGCAUGAUCAGAUUUUACAAAGAACGUCUAUUGGCAUAAGUAUAGCAGCAGCAGCAGCUAUUACUAAUUCACUUAGCAAUGCGUCUACAAACGGUGUGACAUUUGUAAGUGAAAUGCUAUCACCAUUGCAUGAUAAGAAUGAAUUAAGUAGGGAGGAUACAUCACAAGGCAUUACAAUUAAUGCAGACUUCAAUGAUUUGAGUAACUGGCAUGAUCUAGAUACUGCUGAGUCUACUGAUAAUCCUUCUGUUGAUGGACAAUGGCCUGUAAUUUCUUCAGUGUUUUCUCUUAGUUGUGGUACUAAUAAUGUUCCGGACAGUAUUCGAUGGGAUAAUGAUCAGGACAGCAGUUGCACUUCAUUCACUUCUGUACAAGAAAUUCUGAGAACGAACCCAUGUUCUCAGAUUCAAGCAAAUAAUAAAAGUCUAACUCUCCAGCUUGAAAAAGAACAUACAAGUAAACCAGUCAGCUACAGGAAUCCAGUGUGUCUGCAAGUAUCCAAUGACAGGAACUUCUGUACAGUGUCAAGUCCAUCAGUGAUGAAUGGGAAAUCAUUUCAAUUAUCCAGUUGUGUUAACAGGGCUGAGCAUCGUUAUUUAUUGCCAACAUUGACUCCUUCUAUUCCACCAAUGUCACCUGUUGAGAAUAUGGAUUGUUCUUCUGUAAAUGAGCAGUUUGUUGAUGAUGUCAAUGCUUUCCAGAAUUCACACAAACUAUAUUCUAAUGAAUUUUAUUUAAAUCAAGCUAGAUUGUCUUCCAGAAGCACUAAUACAGCAGUGGAGUAUUGCACGCAAAUGGAUAGUUUUGUACAGAGAAAUUCAAGUGAUGUGCUUAGCACUAUGGGAAAUGCAUUAACUGGUACAACACAAAGCUACCAAAGCAAACCCUUCUCAUUUCCAAAGCUUAAAAAUUCUCCAAAUUUAUCCCUGGAAGAUACAUCCAAUCAAAGUAAAACACUUGAAAAUGUUUUAUGCUCAAUUACCAAUGGAGUUGAUGAGCCUUCAGUUUGUCAUAACUUUAGUGACACUACAUCUGUUCCCAUUGGAAUAACAUCAAAUGCCUGGAAACAAGUUUCAACUGUUAAUCAAUCACCAGUGGCACUUGCAGAGAUUUGCAAACCAAACAUUAAUUCAAAGGGAUCUUCCUUUAAUAGAAAUGCUUCGCAUUCUUUCGCAAAUGUACAAGAAGACAUGCCUACAACUAGUGCAUCCACGUUGAAAGUUUGUCACCAGCAUAAUUUGCAAAGUAAAACCUCUUUGUUUCCUUUAAGCUGUAUUCCAAGUGCAGAUCCUGAAGAUGUUAACUAUACUGAUGCUGUUGAGAAACUGAAACAAGUAUCUUCCAAACUUGGUAAAACUAUGGUGCUCCCGAAAAAGGUAGUACUUCCAACUACAGCAAAACUACAGAGUAUUUCACUGUUACCCUCUGUUUUAGAUAACCAAAGCAAUCAUUCCAAAGUUCAAUUAAAACCUCCUAACAAAACUCGUUCUGUUUUACCUCCAUGUGGCCAACAAAGUACAUGCUUUCAUAAAGUAGUAGAAGAUGUAUCCAGCCAGACUGAACAAGCUCUUCAAAAUAUUGCUGAAAUUGCAAAAGUUGUACCAAAUCUUUCUUGUGCAAACGAUUUUGAAAAUGACAGUCUGGGACAAGAUGUAAAAAAUGACCUUUUUCCAGAACUGCAGUCCAAAUCAGAAAUGGCUUCAUCCCAUCUUCCUGCAGUUCUGCUCAGUUCCUCAACGAGCCAAGUUAAUCUUGAAAUCACACCAACGCUAGUAAAAGGCACUGACUGUUAUAGACAUGAAACAACUUACAAGAUUGUUUCAGGUGACAAUGUGCUUAGAGUAUUGAAUCAUGCUGAUAAUUCCGAACAGAAACCUUCUACCAUAAAUUGCCAUUCUGUCAAUUUAUCACAAAACCUUAGAGUAUUGUGUCCCACAACUGUUUCAUGGAGCAAAGCAGAAAAUUCAGAACUGCAAGCAUCAGUACUGACAAAGAAGUGCCCAGUUUAUGCUGAACUUGAUUCAAGAAAUAAUUGCUCUUCCAAGAUAAAAUGUCAAGAGAACAGAAACUGUGAUCAAUCUUCUGUUUCAGUUAGUAGACCAAGCACAUUUAACACUAUAUCUGUUGAGAUAGCUGCUCGCCAGAAUUCUCAGUCCUUAAAGUCCAGUGCAGGCGAAACGUUACCUUUGAAGCGCAGGAAUACCAGAAAAAUAGUACCUGAUCAUAAUCGGGAUGAAAUCAUCUUAAAAAAGGUGAAAAAACAAGAUAGCUUUGUUCCUGUCACCACCAAUCACUGUGAGAUAUUAAAGACUGCCCGCAAACUAAGGCUCAAACCAUUUCAUAAAAGUCAGCUGGUAAAAUGCCCUCGUCGCAAUCAACCUGUAGUUGUACUGAAUCAUCCAGAUGUGGAUGUUGAAGAGGUAGCUAAUGUAAUGCAAACAAUAGGCAAGUAUAGAGGAAAUGUACUCAAGGUAGUUUUAUCUGAAAGAACUGUAAUUUCUCUCAAUUUAAAGGUUGGACAAAGACAGGAAUUUGAAAACAGAGGUAUUUUACUUGACAAAUGGCGUAACUGUAAAACAGUCAGUCCAGUGAAAGAAAGACAUAUGUUGAAAAUAAGAUUAAAGAAGAUCCAUAAAAAUAAUUAUCAGAUAGUUCAGAAUGUUCAUGAUGAGCAUUUGCAGUUUAAGUUUCACUGUUGGUUUUGUGGACGGAUGUUUUGUGAUCAAGAAGAAUGGAUUGCUCAUGGACAGCGCCACUUGAUGGAAGCCACCCGGGACUGGAAUGAUGUUGCCAACGUUCAAGAAAUUACAGAAGUGUUGAGAGGGCAAAAUAAUUCAGAUGAGUAAUAGCAGAUAAGUUGAAUUUAUUGUGCUUCACGAUAAUUCAGUUGAUUUUAAAAUAUAAACUAGUACACAUGAUCAAAAUGAACAAGUGUUAUUUAAUGUAUGUGACUUGUUUAUUUUUGGUUUGAAUUGCAAGAAUAAUGUGAAAUAAUAUUGACCUUUUUGAAAAAUAGAUUGACUGCAAUCUGCUGUUCCUUGGGUAAAGUAGAAUGUAUGACAAAGAUCUGUCAAGAAGGAAGUAUUAUUGAUUGAUAUUAAAGAUGUAUGUUUCCUAGGGCCAUCUGAAUGUUUUGGUACAUGUGAUUGUACCAGUUGUAAAAUAUGAUACAGUCACUCUACACUAAGUCACCCUCAUUAAAGUUGUUUAAUUUUAAAGUAGUUUCUGUCUUGGACCUGCUGUUCCUAAUUUAGAUUGCGAUUUCUGCUUUCAUGUUCUUGUGCUCCGUCACUGUUGGCAUCCUCAUCUGGUGUACUUUGACACCUCUCUUAAUGUUGACUUGUUGUUGAAUCCUGUGAUGUAAUUAUUUGGGGAGCUUCUUCACUCCCUGAAAUCCUUUCAGCUUCUCUGCCUGAUCAUCUCAUUGCUUCCUCUUUUGAAUCCUCCCACUUUGUUUCACUCUGAGAACCUACCUCAUAGUUUCCUUGCUUGCUUCUUCCUUUUCACCACUACUAUUCAGUUAGCAUUCAGAUAAGGAGCCAGCAAGUAGAAGUGUUUGGGUUGGGAACUGAUGGGCUGGAGUGCCUGGCUGGGGAAGGAAACAACAGAGAGAGAGAGAGAGAGAUAAAAUGAGUCAGCCUGUUGAACUAAAGGCAAGCAGUUGUUAAGUGGACGGAGUGAAUGUAUAGUAAUUUCAAAAUUUGAAGAUUUGUAUUUCGCAAGUUGUUUGAAGUAUUUCACUGUUCCCACACAGGUGUAAUGCUUUAAUGUUUUUCCUGAGCAAAACCUAGCAACAGCUUCUCUAUAAUUGACUAUAAUUUUGCCUAAAAUUACAAUUUUCUGGAGGGCAACUGCAACUUUGGGUCAGGAUUUAGAGAGAAGUAAGUUAUCGGAAUUUAUAGAUUUUAGUCAAUUUUCACACUGUUAACUUCUUUGUAAAUUUUGUUAUUGUUUAAUACUUUUGCAUUUUGUAUAC